CACACCUGGCUGACGUCAUCCUAACGAGCUGAAGACUCCAAUUUCACUUCCGGUGUGUGCAGGUGAGACACACCUGAGGCUCGUGUCAGUUGAGCUGUCAGUGACGGAGGCAGCGGACUGUGGACUCUCACCUUCCCUCCUCAGGUAAACAGCCUCCUGCUGGCCUCCGGGACGGACCCGAGUCUGUGAUCGAUAACUGAUCGAGUCUGAUUGAUAACUGAUCGAGUCUGAUUGAUAAUUGAUUUGUCGGCGCGGCUGCUCGGCGUCAGCAGGAGGAGAUCAGAGCCGCAGACAUGAAGCUGAGCUGCGUCUCCCUGCUGCUUCCUCUGGCCCUGCUGCUGCCCUGCGGGGCGGCGCAGGACCCGGACCCGGACCCCGUCCCGGCUCCGGCUCCGGACGGCCCGGACUGCUCCGGCAGCUUCCGGCCCGGCAGGGACAACUUCGUGCUGGACGCGGAGGAGGCGGUGCGGGACGGAGCGACCUUCCUGUCCGCCCCGGCCGACGCCUCCCCGCAGGACUGCGUGCGGGCCUGCUGCGGGGAGCCGCGGUGCAACCUGGCGCUGGUGGAGGGGGAGGGGGACGGGGGGGUCCGGACCUGCUCCCUCUUCAACUGCCUGCACCGGAACCGGUUCGUCUGCAGGUUCGUCCCCAAGGCCGGCUUCAAGAACUUCAUCCUGGACUCCGUGUACGACAAACACCUGGCGGGCCCGGAGCGCGGAGCCGGAGAGUUGGCUCCGCCCAUUGCGGUGGCGGGUCGUGACCAGGUGGUUCGCCCCGGUGAGCAGGUGCUGCUGAACGGCGUGGAGAGCCAGGCGGUGGGCGACGCCCACAUCACCGACUACAGCUGGAAGCUGCUGAGCGGAGACGCCGCCGUCCACACCGAGAAGACGGAGCUUGCUGAUCAGCUGCGUCUGUCCAAUCUGCAGUCGGGCAUCUACGUCUUCCAGCUGACCGUCAUCGACUCCAACAGCCAAUCAGACGCCGCCAAGGUCAAAGUGGUCGUCCUGGGCCCGGAGCAGUCGGACCGUCACUGCCUGGCGCCGGCGAAGGCGGGGCCGUGCCGCGCCGCGUUCCCCCGCUGGUUCUACAACGCCGCCACAGAACGCUGCGACCGCUUCGUGUUCGGAGGCUGCAAAGGAAACGCCAACAACUUCCUGUCGCAGAGCGAGUGCAGCGCCGCCUGCAGCGGAGUCACAGUGCCAUCGGAGCGGAGCAUCGGCCCGGCCGCCGGCGAGCAGUGUGGCUCUGCCUGUGUUGCAGGUCAGUUCACCUGCAGCAGUGGCUGCUGUGUGGAUGAAGCUCUGGAGUGCGACAACGAGCCGCAGUGCAGCGACCAAUCAGACGAGAGCAGCUGCAACACAUUGAACAGGACGCUCACUCGGCUGCUGGACAUCGACAUCAACGAGAAGAGAGCGCGCUGCACCGAGCCGCCCCGCACCGGGCCCUGCCGGGCGAGCCUCACCCGCUGGUACUACGACCCGCUCAACAGGAAGUGCCACCGCUUCACCUUCGGCGGCUGCAGCGGGAACGACAACAACUUCCCGGAGGAGGAGGCCUGCAGUGAGGCCUGCCACGGCGUCACAGAGCGUCAUGUGUUUGCCAGAGGAAUGUUUGAGCGCUUUGAGGAAGAGGAGAGCGAAUCAGGCUCGAUCGCGGUGGCCGUGAUCUUGGCGGUGGCCAUCUUGGCGGCGCUGGCGGUCCUGGCGUACUGCGUGCUGAAGUCCAGGAGAGAUCGAGCGCGGCGAGCGGCCGCCACCGUAGCCACCACCGCCGCCGCUCUGCCAGAGGAGCAGGACACGCUGGUGUACAACAGCACCACCAAGCCCGUGUGACCCCGCCCACUUCCUGUCCCACCGCCUCCUGUUGUGAAGCGAGCAGCCGCCGUCCUCCACGCCGCCGCCGCCACGCCGCCUCCGGAGCUCAGUCCUGCACUUUGAGGCUGAGGCUGCAGAUCUUCUCCCUUCUGCUUCUGUCUGUCAGAAACUGGGACCCGGAGCUCCGUCGUGUCGCUGUCUUCUGGGAGUUUGUCGUGUUCGGUUUCAUGCCUCUCCUCUGUGGCUGUGGUGCGGCUCGUCUGUCUGCUUAUGCAAAGUGAAAAGGGAAAACAUGUAAAUGUGUGUACAGAGCUCUGUAGCUUUUUAUGAAAGGACUGUAAAUACUUCCCUCCAAGUGGUGUUUUUAUAUGUUGAAGUUUCUUAAUAAAGCCCCAGGUGAGCCCA